UGUAUCCAUUCAGUAGCUGCAGCCUGUGGCUGGGCCGAGCGGAGCUGAUUGAUCACACAGAGGGCGAGGCGCGGGAGACGCCGCCACCAUUCACUCCGGCUCCAUUGACAAGGAAAGAGGCCGCUCCAACACUCAGCCCUCCCGUUCUCCAGCCGCGCUCCUCUGCCCCGCUCCUCAAUGAUAGACAAGCUCAGACCCGUGCACCUCACGGCAGACAUGGCGGUCAGCAAGUCGGUGGCCUGGCUGAACGAGCAGCUGGAGCUGGCCAACGAGCGCCUCCUGCUCAUGGACUGCAGACCGCAGGAGCUCUACGAGUCGUCCCACAUCGAGGCGGCCAUCAACGUCGCCAUCCCGGGGAUCAUGCUGCGCCGCCUCAAGAAGGGCAACCUGCCCAUACGGUCACUGUUUGCCCGCGGCGAGGACCGGGACACGUUCGCCCGGAGAUGCGGUUCAGACACCGUCAUCCUGUACGACGAGAGCAGCAGCGAGUGGAAUGAGAACACGGGCGGGGAGACGGUGCUCGGGCUCCUCAUGAAGAGGCUCAAGGACGAGGGCUGCAAGGCGUACUACCUGGAAGGUGGUUUUAACAAGUUCCAGUCCGAGUUUCCUGUGCAUUGUGAAACAAAUUUGGAUAGUUCUUGCAGCAGCAGUUCUCCUCCAGUCUUGGGUCUGGGAGGCCUCCGCAUCAGCUCUGAUUCUUCAUCAGAUAUUGAAUCUGAUAUUGACCGGGACCCCAAUAGUGCUACGGACUCUGACGGCAGCCCUCUUUCUAACACACAGCCUUCAUUCCCAGUUGAGAUACUUCCUUACCUGUACCUCGGUUGUGCCAAGGAUUCCACUAACCUGGAUGUUUUAGAAGAAUUUGGCAUUAAGUACAUCCUUAAUGUGACCCCAAACUUGCCUAAUCUCUUUGAAAAUGCUGGCGAGUUCAGGUACAAGCAGAUUCCAAUAUCGGACCACUGGAGCCAAAACCUGUCUCAGUUUUUCCCUGAAGCGAUCUCCUUUAUUGAUGAAGCACGAGGAAAAAGUUGCGGCGUAUUGGUCCACUGCCUGGCCGGGAUCAGUCGCUCAGUCACAGUAACGGUGGCCUACCUUAUGCAAAAGCUAAACCUUUCCAUGAAUGACGCCUAUGACAUAGUCAAGAUGAAGAAGUCCAACAUCUCCCCAAACUUCAACUUCAUGGGUCAGCUACUGGAUUUUGAAAGGACAUUAGGUCUUAGUAGCCCUUGUGACAAUAGAGUUCCACCGCAACAGUUGUAUUUCACCAGUCCAGCCAAUCAAAAUGUCUUUAAAGUAGAUUCUCGGCAAUCCACGUGAGGCGCAAUUCAUCGGGUAUUCUGAUGAUAAUCAUUCCUUUUAAAAGAAAUGUCUCUUUUAAAGUUAAGUCUUUGACAGCUGUCAUUGCUUGUAAGGAGGUCAUACCUGUGAAUCAAAGUUGUAGUAGGAGAUUGGCUGGUUAAUAUUUCCAGAACGUAAAGAAGGCCUUGGAUGGACUUGGAAAGCUUACACAAGAGCACUGCCUUAGAAAUGCUUUGGCUGAAGAUCCAAAUAGUAGCGAUGGACUCACUUUAUCCAUUAAAUAUAUGGAUGACAAAUAUAUAUGUGUAUAUCUGUCUUCUGUGAAGACUGGUUCUCCUGAAACUUUGAAGGAGCCAAAGAAAUGCAUUUAAACUUCUGAUGACUUUGAAGUACUUGGCUUUGUUUUAAUUCAGAUUUACAAAGUUCUGUACAUAUCCACUUUUAUAUGUAGCACUGUCAAUAUUUUUACCUUAUAAAAUGAGGUGGACUGAGCUCUUCCCGAGUGUAGCUGAUAUGAUGAGCGAGGAAGCCACAAUUUUUGGCAUUUCUACUCUUCUAUCAUAGUAGCUGUACAUUGGCAGCCAAGAGGAUUGUGUAACUGUUAUGCAUAAAAGUAGAGCUGUCCACUUACAAUUGUAUUUGAUUCACAUUAAUGUACCUUUUUGUUUUUGCCUGAGCUUUGUGAACCACAUGGUGGUUUUCAUGUUUUUAAUUGCUUUGAGAUUUCUUAAUGUGAAUUACCUCUGCCCUUAGGGAGCCUCACUUUUGAAUGCUAUAUGGGAUGUAUGAGAUCUGUGUAAACUGGAAGUAUGUAUGUACCAGUGACUUGCAAAGCUUAGAUUGCACACUUAUUGCCAAUAAGGGAGAUUCUUGCACUCCCAAAUGUCCACGGAGUAAAGUUUUAAAAUUUAAAUUUAUUAUAGAUCUUUAAAUUAUUAAUAAAUCACUAUUUUGUUUAUUGAAUGUUUUGGAGGUUU